AUGCCUGCACUGGUGAAAGCGUGGCAGGGCAGGGCAGGGGCAGAGCUGCUCCCUCUGGCGCAGCUUCAGCUUCCUAAGCCACAGGCUGUGCCUUUUUCUCUGAACUUCAUUGUCACCAUUGUCUACAACUGUCUACAGUUUCUAGUCCGUGAAUUUCAUUUUUUUGGGGGUGGGGGGUGCUUGGCCUUUUUGUUGUGCUCACAUUUUUAUCACUUUUGUUGUUUUCAUAAAAACGUUCAGGUGUUCUUUGAUGUGAAGAUUGGAGACAAAGAUGUUGGCAGAAUUGUAAUUGGAUUGUUUGGAAAAGUUGUCCCGAAGACUGUGGAGAACUUCAUUGCGCUGGCAACUGGAGAAAGAGGAUAUGGAUACAAAGGAAGUAAAUUUCAUCGUGUGAUCAAAGACUUCAUGAUUCAAGGAGGAGACUUCACAGCUGGAGAUGGAUCAGGAGGAAGAAGCAUCUAUGGAGAAAGGUUUCCAGAUGAGAACUUCAAGCUCAAACACUAUGGAAUUGGAUGGGUUAGCAUGGCUAAUUCUGGCCCAGACACCAACGGAUCCCAAUUCUUCAUCAGUGUGACAAAGCCUUCUUGGUUAGAUGGAAAACAUGUAGUAUUUGGCAAAGUCCUUGAUGGAAUGUCUGUGGUGCACUCAAUAGAACUCCAGCAGACAGAUGAACAUGACCGGCCCCUUCAAGACUGUGUGAUUGUGAACAGUGGCAAAAUAGCUGUAAAAGAACCAUUUGUAGUUGAAGUAGGUGACUGGUGAGAGCAACAGUCAGAAUGGAAAGUAAAACUUGAGCACUUUUCUUUAAGGCCUGUUUUUGACUGAUCUCAACUAUCCAUUGAGUUUUUGUCUCAAAACAUAUGAGGCUAUAUUUAGACAAUACUUACCAUUUGCCAAUAUAACAACUUGAUGGAGCUGUCACUCCUUGAAAUUCAGGACAUACCCCACUAAAUACUAGAUCUUGCAGAAAAAGUCUUUCAUGAAAAAUUUUAGAACUACUUCUGUUUUUUCAAGGUUCUCUGGA